AUGUUGGGUUUGGGAGUUGGAAUGGAGCUUGGUUCCUCCAUGUGGAUGGUCCUUUUGUGCAGCGUUUGUGCUCUUGUGGCCCUCAAAUGGCUUCUGCAGAAUGCAAAUUCCUGGUUAUAUGAAACCCCGCUGGGUGAAAAGCAGUACUCUCUCCCUCCUGGUGACUUGGGCUGGCCUUUCAUUGGCAACAUGUGGUCCUUCCUCAAAGCUUUCAAGUCCUCCAACCCUGAAACCUUUGUCAACUCCCUUGUUUCCAGGUUUGGGCGUACUGGAAUCUACAAGGUCUUCAUGUUUGGGAGCCCAAGUGUCAUCGUUACAACGCCGGAAUCAAGUAAAAGAGUUUUGACAGAUGAUGAUGCAUUUAAACCCGGCUGGCCUCUUUCCACAUUGGAACUAAUUGGAAAGAACUCAUUCAUCGGUAUAUCUUAUGAAGAACACAAACGUCUAAGAAGGCUAACAGCUGCUCCAGUAAAUGGUCAUGAAGCAUUGUCCAUGUACAUGAAGUAUAUUGAAGACAUGGUCGUAACAUCUUUGGAGAAAUGGUCCAAAAUGGGAGAAAUAGAGUUCUUAACUCAACUCAGAAAGCUUACUUUUAGGAUUAUCAUGUACAUCUUUCUGAGCUCAGAGAGCGAGCCAGUCAUGGAUGCUCUGGAGAGGGAAUAUACAAUUCUUAACUAUGGAGUUAGAGCCAUGGCAAUCAAUCUUCCGGGAUUUGCAUAUCAUAAAGCACUUAAGGCUCGGAAAAAUCUUGUCUCUACAUUUCAAUCCAUUGUGGACGAGCGAAGAGCUCAAAGGAAGUCCGGAAACUACAUGCCAAAGAAGAAAGAUAUGAUGGAUGCUCUGCUAGAUGUUGUGGAUGACGAUGGAAGAAAACUUACAGAUUCGGAAAUUAUAGAUGUUCUGUUAAUGUACUUAAAUGCAGGCCAUGAAUCUUCUGGACAUAUAAUAAUGUGGGCUACCAUUUUCCUACAAAAACACCCAGAAUAUUUCCAGAAAGCUAAGGUAGAGCAAGAAGAGAUUUUAAAAAGGCGGCCACCAACACAGAAGGGCUUGACGCUUAAGGAAUAUCGAGAAAUGGUCUAUCUUUCCAAUGUGAUUGAUGAAACUCUUCGUGUCGUAACAUUCUCACUUACCGUUUUUUCGAGAGGCAAAGAAAGAUGUUAUAGCAUUCCUAAGGGCUGGAAAGUUUUGGUCUGGUUCAGGAGCAUUCACUAUGAUUCUGAAAUAUAUCCAAAUCCAAUGGAAUUCAACCCUUUUCGAUGGGAUAACUACACACCCAAACCAUUAACUUUUCUUCCCUUUGGAGCUGGAAGCCGGCUGUGCCCCGGAAAUGAUCUUGCUAAGCUGGAAAUCGCUAUCUUCCUUCACCAUUUCCUCCUUAACUAUAAGAUGGAACCUACUAAUCCGGACGGCCCAUUGAUGUACUUGCCACACACUAGGCCAAAAGACAAUUGCUUGGCAAGAAUCAAGAAAACUGGAUCUGCAUAG